AUGGCGAGGAGGGGCUCAAGAGCGUUUGAUAAGAGAAAGGGGGGCCACGCACCACUCAUCCUAGAAGAGGAUAGGAGGAGUAAAAGGAGAGCCGACGGAAUAUCUGCUCUUGCACACUCUGCUUAUAUGCCUUCUAAUUGCAAACACGUGCAGGAAGAGCCAGCAGAAGCAAGAGUCGGGUUCGUAUCCUCGUAG